UCACGGGACAACGGGUUCACGAAACAUUAUUUGGUGUCCGAUCGGCAAGUUGAUGUUUGAAUGCGUCUUAUUUGAAAGACUCAUACAAUCAGAAACCACGUAGUUUUUGCGACUGAAUAUGGACGAACUAAGACAUCAGGUUAUGAUAAAUCAGUUUGUUCUCACAGCCGGAUGUGCGGCAGAUCAAGCAAAGCAGCUUUUACAAGCUUCACAUUGGCAGUUUGAGACCGCCCUCAGUACCUUUUUCCAAGAAGCUAAUAUACCCUACAGCCAUCAGAUGAUGUGCACGCCAGCAAAUACACCGGCGACGCCCCCCAACUUCCCAGACGCACUAGCCAUGUUUUCCCGCCUUAAAGCAUCCGAGAGCUUUGGCAACGGUAGUCCUAUUGCUUCUAUGGCUACGUCACCGGCGCCUCACGUCAGCUGGGCUAUGAGCCCCCCGGCAACCCCUGGACACCAGGGAAGAUGGACUCCGGGUCAGCUUCCAACGCAAACGGCAUCGCCGGGGUGGCCAGCAGCAGUAACUCAGCAAGCCUCCAAUGAGCAUGUCAGCAUGGUAAUGGAGGCAGAAAGAUAAAGACUGCUUGGGAUACCAUCACACCAUACAGGAACAAGAGCAUGGUCGUCCUGUUGAUGAUUUUGGGAAGUGGAUUUGUAACGUGUGAGAGGGAUGAUGAAAUAAGAAGGAUGGGAGAUUCAUGGCAGCACUGAUGAUGAAACAGCAUACACUUAUUUUCUUGGGAGAUCAGAGACUCUUAACAGUUAUAUUUUUGCAAAACAUGGACGAGAUGAGAAAUUAUGCAGCAUAUUCAACCUCAGACCAAAGAAUGUGUUUACCGAAUCAUUUUUAUGUUCAGAAGUCAGUGUAUGGUAAAUCAUUUACACUAUUUUGCGUCGUAUAUGAAACUGCGGUGACUUAAGGGCUACUGGAUAGAUCUACUAGAGUCAUCGUAAGGGCUUUUCCACCUCGUUUGUAAUUAUUUACUUUUUAGUUGUUUGUGUUGCCUGAAGAUGAGUUGACAUGAAAAAGGGAGAUUUUCAUGUCUAGUCAUAUUUCGACAUGUGGCAUUCACGUCAUUGAUUUCUAUGGUUCUGAGUCAGAGCUAGCCGUAAAACAUGUUUGUUUUAUCAUGAAUGCCUGUUUUAAUGUAUCCAUCAGGAAUGUAUUACUCAUGUUUCUCUCUCACAGAUCAUCUCCCUGUAUGACUGUUCACACUGCCUCCACAAUAUUUGUGGAUUAUGUGAUGGUUUAUCAUUUCCUAUUUGUUCUGUUUAUAAAUAAAUAUUGUAUAUAUUGCAAA